AUGCCUGCUAUCCAAUCUUCUACACAAACUCCCCAGCAUUCCCCACGUAAACACCAGCCAGCACUCAAGCCAGCACCAGCUCCUGCGAUUCCACCGGCGACAGUUGCAGAUCGUUUUCUUCAUGAUUUGUUGCAGAAAGUGGAGCAAAUGACAAAGUUCUUUGAACUGGAAGUGAUACAUUCUUGGGAGGAGAAACAAGCUGCUGAGGACACACAAGUUGCUGCUCAGAAAGCCGAGGCUGAUGCGAAGGCCACAGAAGGGAAGAUACAUAAACAUAUGGCAAAGGGCAGUCAAGUGUCCCAUGUGCAGGAAUUGUAUGGAUUGUCCAUUCACGUAGGCUGGAAGGAUAUCCCUGCUCACUUAAAGGAGAAGCCUAUGAUGGCUGCGAAGCUCAAAGAGCUGCACAAAAACAAGCACGUUUAUAUCCCUUGGUAUACCUGUCCUGUUGUAACUUGCCAGACUUUUGUGGAUCGCAAGCCUAUCGAGGUAGCUGUCGCAAAGCAUAUGAUCGGUGUGGUCAAUGCUGUGGUUGGAGCUCCUGUAGGCCAAGUCGAUUCAGGCCUGCUUCUCCAGCAUGGCAACAUCUGGGCGGAUGUCUUUUAUGAAGAAGACAUAGAAUAA